AUGAUAGGCGAUAAUUAUAUUAAAUAUUUCAUAUUAUUUUGUAUGACGGUAGACUCGAGUCCGACUACAGGUGCACAACUGCUCGCUGCUCGUUUGCGUAAUUUUUCAAGUGUUAAAGUGUUUCUCAAAGCUUGUAUUAAUAUGAGGUGUGAAAUUGAAGCUAGGGACGGCGCCACAUGCUCUGUCUGUGUGGGUCAGUUUGACUUCCCUUGCGCUGGAAUAACUGAGGGUGGAUGGCGGAAACUAGGAGAGCGGAAAUCCACCUGGAAAUGCUCUAGUUGCAAGUCCCAAGGAAUAGCCAGUCCUAAACCAACAACGUCGUCGGAUCCAGAUUCCAUCGUUGUCGAGCUGAAGCGUUUGUCGUCGCAAAUGGAGGCUACACUAGCAUUAGUGGAUAGCGUGAGGGCGAUACAGGCUGAACUGGUGGAAUUUAGGACUAUUAGAGAGGAGUUCUCGGACAUGAAGGCGUCUAUCGAGUUUGUUCAUGAUACUGUUGAGGCUCUAACCUUGAAGGAGCGUGUAAACAACUUGGAGGAACUGCAGAACCAUAACGAACAACGUCUACGUAUGAAUAAUAUUGAAAUUAAGAGUGUACCCGAGUCUAGUGCCGAGAACUUAUUUAACAUCUUAGAUAAGUUGGGGACUGCAAUGAACUGUAAAAUCCAAAAGGAGCAGGUCAACUACAUCGCCAGAGUGCCUACGCGUAAUAAUAAGAAUAACAAAAACAUUAUAUGCUCUGUCCAGAACAGUUACUUGAAGAAUGAAUUUGUAGCUGCUGCAAAGAAUCAUAAGGCCCUUAAAGCGGUGGAUUUAGGACUACGUGGCGAUAGCAGGAUUUACGUCAACGAUCACCUAACUCUGGAGAACAAAGCCCUAUUAAAUAAAACCAAGGCUCGCGCAAAAGAACGGGGAUAUGACUAUGUUUGGGUGAAAGGGUGCAAAAUUUUCAUACGAAAAAACACAUCGUCUCCAAAACAUCAUAUCAAUACGGAACGCGACUUCAAAAAGUUUUUUACAUAA